AUGAACUAUGGCAGGCAUUACUCGCACCAGGAAGUCUCCGCGAAUGAGGAAACGCGAAGCUGCCGCGCAGAUGGUGGGAUUGCAAACCAAGUCUACGUCUCCGUCAAGGGCGCGCUCGGCAUGUCGCAGGAGUACAUCCUGAAGAACGACACAUCUUGCAUAGUGAAAGUCCAGAUAACCGAAGAUCCCGAGGCAUUGAAGACCAUGGAAAAAUACAGAGGCGGCGUGGGCUUCGAGUUCGUGCCCGAAGCAGGCCCUGUCUCCCAAACUUGUCGGUCUCGGCAGCUCAAUGCUGACAUUUACCAGGUCCCACCCAGGAGGUCUUAA